AUUGAGGAGCUUAUCAGCAACGGAGGUGGUCAGAUGACCUCCGAUAUCGAUGAAGCGGAUAGCUACGUUUGCCACUACCGAAGCGGUUUGGACUACAUCAAAGCGUCACAGGCCAAAAAGGAUGUAGGAAACCUUAGUUGGUUAUUUCAUCUCAUCACAUACAACACCUGGACUUCUCCGAUGCGGCGACUACUUCAUUAUCCAAUACCCAAGGAUGGGAUUCCCGGUUUCGAGAAUCAAACGAUGAGUCUGUCGAACUACGCUGGCGACGCGCGUGUUUACCUGGAAAAUCUGAUCAAGGCCACGGGAGCGCAGUUCACUAAGACAUUUCGACAAGAAAAUACGCAGCUUAUCACAGCUCACGAAGGAGGGCAGAAAUGUGACGCGGCCAAAGAGUGGAACAUAGAUGUCAUUAAUCAUCUUUGGCUUGAAGACAGCUAUGCUAGAUGUAAGAUGAUGGCUGUUACAGAUCCCAAGUACACGUAUUUCCCGCGGAGAACAAACCUGGGCGAAAUCCUCGGCCAAACCCAGAUUGACAGGGAAGCGGUUGAGAUGCAUUACUACCCUUCACAUGACACUGCAGUUGCCAACAUGAAAAAGCUAUCCAAGAGGGGUAGACGAGCAACAAACGGCGACAGCACGGAGCAGGCUACUACGCCUCUCGUUGCUAGGACCAAGGGGCGCAUUCAGAGCGAGGCAGACCUCACGACGCCGGUAAUGGAUCGUCAUAAUAGCGAAAAGGAAAAUGAGAUGCCUGGCACAUCUGGUAGUCGCGGAGCAAAGGCGAGGGCUAUGUCGAGAAUAGCCGAGUCAGCCACCGAUAUUGCUCUAUUCCAGAAGGAAAUGAAACGAGCCGGAGGCGUCCUCCAUGGAGGAAAGAGGGAAAACAGCGCUGGAGAUACGACAGAGAAGACCAAGAAAGGUUCUCGUGAAUCUACAGGUAGCAAACGAUCUUUUGAUGAGAUGAGUGUUGACGAACCGUCGAUAGAAGAGGAGCUAUUGGAGGCACCCAAAAAAUCUAAGAGAGCCAAAAAAGAGAAGGAGAAAAUGCCGCCUAUUCAGUAUCGCGUGGUAGUAUCAAAAUACGAUCGAUGGGCUCACAACGCGAAGAAAGAGGCAGAUGACAAGAUUAAGCUCCGCGAGCUUGGUAUCGCUAUCACGGAAAAAGCAAGCAACGCCAACAUGCUAUGUGCUCCAGUAAUUGUUCGAACCAAAAAGUUCGUAACCGCCCUAGCUGUAUCGCCCACCGUAGUGCACACAUCGUACCUGGACUACGCCCUCGAAAACCACGAGCUAUCACUGGUAGAGGACCACCCUUUGCUGAAUCCGGAGUUCGAAGCUCUGCAUGGUUUUAGGAUGGACGAGUCACUAGUGCGUGCUCGCGAGAACAAGGGGCGGCUCUUAAAGAACUGGACCAUUUUCUGUACCACCGCGGUCUCUGGAGGGUUCGACACGAUGAAGGACAUUGUCGAGGCGAACGGGGGAGUAUGCUUGAAGUGGGAAGGCCGGAAGUCGGUUAGGCCUACCCAUCGCACCGUCGACGCACCAGAGACCCAGGAUAUGAGCCAGAAUCUAACGGAAGACGACGGCAACACAUUGUACCUGAUAUCCGAAGGCAAAAAAUCCGAGGUCCCCAUGUGGAAGAAGUUCAGGGAACUGGCUGCUGAGCACAGCAUGACACCCCGGAUCGUCAAGACAGAAUGGCUACUAUUUGUUGCUAUGGCG